AUGGAGGACUUUCACUACAAGAAGUUCCGACUGUGGGCAGAGGACUUCGAUUUCUGCUCCUCUUCCCUGGGUUUGUGGACUGGCGGCUGCGGGGCUGUGUGUGCUCUGAGGGCCGCCGUCGUGGGCCACAUGGUCCAGCUCCGCCCGGGGCAGCUGGUCCUGGAUGUUGGAUCCGGCUGCGGCCACUUCGCGGAGUGGUUCCAUGACUGGUUUGGGGCACAGACGAUCGGCGUCGACUUUCAGAAGGCUGGCGUCGACUAUGCCAACAAGCAUGUCGCGACCUCCGUCCCAGCUCAGUUUUGCUGGAUGGACGUGGCCUCGCAACUCUCCAGCCGGUGGCUUCCCCCCCGCAGUGUGGACUUGGCAAUUGCCAUCAGUGCCCGGCCGCCUCAGACCGACAAGGUGGCGAUUGCAAGGACUGGGACACCUGGUACCAGGUGCUAUCCGCGCAGUAUCCCAGCUGGAAAGUGGUGGCGCUCCAAUCCCUUGCUCGAGGCGCACGCUUCCUGGCGAGCGGGGUCGACCAACUGGCGGCCCUGGCAGCAGACGAGAUCAGCCACCUCAUCAACGUGGAGCUUGCCUGUUUUGACCUUCCGGUCCGACUGCACGUCGUUGGCCACUCCAUGGGUGGAAUCAUCAUCCGUGGCCAGCUCAGUGCAGUGUCUUGUGAGCCGCAGGACUUUCUUUGGGGUGUCCAGUGACAUGCCAGCUCUUUUGCGUGCUUCCAGCCUUCCCGCGAUCCGUUCGCAGGACCAAGAUUUGCAGCCGAGGUUUCUGGACGACUACGUGGCGGCCUUGCCAAAUCGAGCUGAUCGACUGCUCACGCAACCUGCCCUCCCUGGGCCCGUCGUUCACGCAGGCCCUGCCCCGGGUCCGGAGGCAGAGGAGGCCGACCAACUGACUUGCAACGGUGACUUCCUGUCAUCAGGGCUCUUUGCCGGUGCAAAGCCCUGUCUGGAAGCCGCAUGGUAG